AUGCUGGUUGCAUGUUGCAGGUUUGUUGGGGAGUCGACAUGCCACUUGAACCACCAACGACGUGUACGAUUUCGGGGAGUGCGUGCGAGUUCAGAUUCGCUUCGUCUGGCAGCUCAGGCCGCCGUGCGUCACGCCGUUGCCCAACCCCCGGACGGGUGCCACGCUGGUCUGCACGUAAGCCUCCCUAGGUGCAAGGGUGGGAGGGGAAGGGGCAGCAGUCCACUCGGCUGGGCCGGGAAGGGAGAGUAUCGGGCUGGGUUGUCUGAAUCAAGCAGCCCCUCUGGUGGUGAGUUCCCAGCACUCCCAGCACCACCUUUGGGUGGUGUGAGGCGCUUCAGUGGCGGCAGCACAGCAGCCUCAAGGCUCAAGGCGCCACCACCACUCACAGCCAUACCAGAUAAGUACACUCUCUCUAUUCCAUCUCUUUCCUUCUUGCAGGCGGCGGGGAGGGGCGUGGGGGUCAACACCGCCACUCCCUCACGCUCCUUCCCUGUGGCUGUGCAGGUGGCAGUGUGGCCCCUCCGCUCUCAUUUGCCUUGCAUGCUCUGCUCUUGCACUUUCACCCUUCGUUCCCUUGCUGCCUACUCACCAGCUCUGCGUGUGUGCCUUGCAGGUGGGGGGGAGGGGUGUGGGGUCAGCACCACCAUCCCCUCACACCUCUCCCCGGUGGCCAUGCAGGGAGGGACGCACACAGGAAGGAUGGGAGGAGGGCUGCCGGGGAAGGAAUCACCUGGUGCUGCAGCAGCUGCCCUCUGCUCGCUCUCACGUCUUACAGUUAAGUUCCCUCAACCCCUUGCCUGCCUCGCCAUGUCUUGUGUGCUUGCUGGCAUCUUGACUUUGCAUGCGCUUCCGCACCUUCCUCACCUUCCUCUAGAAACAGUGCCACUGGUUGGGACCGCCUCACAUGCUGCAGACCCCCUUACUUCAGUGGCCCCUCCCCUCUCCCACUUUGCAAACGCCGUUCCCUCUCUUGCACUUUCAAUCUUCAUCCCCUCGCUGCCCACUGCCCAGCUCUGCGUGUGUGCCUUGCAGGUGGAGGGGAGGGGCAGGGGUCAACACCGACGCUUCCCCACGCCCCUCCCCGAUGGCCGUGCAGGUACCUGCGGGGAUGGGAGGGAGCCAGCACUGCCAGUCUCCCCCACAAAGGAGAGUAUGGGGGUGGGCUUGGCCUCUCAAGGCACGUCACCUCCCCUCUUACCCUCAUCGCUCUCCCUUUCUGCUCUUCAAUCGCCUUCUCGUUUUCGUCUGCUGCAGUUUUAUUUGCUCUCUCUCUGCCUGAAGGAGGGAGGGAGCACUGCAGCAAUGGCGAAGCAGAGGCAUCCUUACUCUAAUCUCCCCCCCCCUUCUCUCCCUCCUCCCACUUCCCAGCAGCCUGAGGCAUCAUGGCGCUCUGAACGGCUAUGGUAG